AUGGAAAAGAAAGAUCAAAACGAAAUCAGUUCAAGUUUAUCCGAAUUCCUACACGAUUUACCAGAACAAACUCUUUCUAGAUUAUACGAAUCACCUUCAAGUUGUUUAUCAAUCUUUAGAUUAUUACCUUCCUUAGCAAGACAUUUGAUUUUAAAUUCACUUUGGUCUUCUAUUCAUUCUUUUAAUCUCACUCAACUUAAACUUUGGUCUACUUCAAUUAAAUUUGAAUCUAAUCAAAGCUCUCAAUCCACUCUAGCCAAACUAAUUCAUCUCCAUCUAAUCCAUUCAUCAAACCUCACCCUACAUCCCACCUUCAAACAAAACUUUCAACUAGCCCUAACCGGAGGUGGGGAUCAUAAAUCGUUUGGAUUACCAUGUAAAACUUCAUCAAAAGUUGAUCUUCUUACUCUAGACCAAUAUGCCAAACAAAAUUGGGAAACGAUUUUACAUUUUAUGGUAGGAUCUAAUUGGUCAAACAGACCUAGUUCAAAGAUCAUCACUUUACUUACUUUUAGUGGUUUGAUUUCUUCUCAGAAUUCUAAGAUCACUUCUGUUGGGUUUCAGUUCUUGUUAGAUGAUAUCAAUACUCAAUUAUGGGAACUCUUAUUACAAUACCUCAAGAUGGCAGAAGCUAAUGAUUUGGAUAUUGUGGAUGUGCUUUCUUGUUUGUUUAUGUUGGGUAGUUUAGAAUUAGGUAAAGAAUACUCUAUGAAGAAUUUCUCGGAUACUCAAGUUCAGGUCUUAAAUGAUUUAGUAGACUACGGUUUAGUUUAUUUAACUCAAUCUAAAACGUUUUAUCCUACUAGAUUAGUCACUACACUUACUUCUACUGCACCACCGAUCGUUUCAAACCCAUCAGACCAAUCAUCAUCAGACCCCAACGAGUUUUUAAUCCUAGAAACCAAUUACCGAAUCUACGCCUAUACCAGUAAUCCAUUACAAAUCGCGAUCUUGAAUCUGUUUAUAAGUUUUAAAUCAAGGUUUCCGAACCUGGUCAUCGGAUCGAUCACACGAGAAAGUAUUAAGAUGGCUUUUAAGAAUGGGAUUCGAGCUGAUCAGAUUAUAUCUUAUUUGGAAUUCCAUUCACAUUCUCAGAUGAAGUUAUUGAAACCUAUUUUGCCUAAUACUGUUGUGGAUCAGAUUAGGUUGUGGGAACUUGAAAAGAAUAGGGUUAGGGAUCAAGAAGGUUAUCUUUAUGAAGAUUUUAAAUCUGUUUCUGAUUACGAAAUCGUUAUUAAUUAUUCAAAACAGAUUGAUAUUAUCUUAUGGGAGAAUCCAGAAUUAAAGAAAUUCUUUGUGAGUUUAGAUGGACAUACUGCUCUUCGAGAGUUUAUUAAGAGAAGGAUUAUGUCCAAUGGGAAUUGAAGGGAAACUUAAAAUCAAGAAUCUGGAAUAUAUGUAUACGGAAAAAUCAAAAAAACAUCAAAGUAAUCAAAGGAUCAAAAGAAUUGAAGAAUUGAAGAAUUGAUACGUUGAUACAUCAAAAAAUGUUCCAAGAAUAAAAGGUCAAAAACAUUAAAAGAUCAAAAAAUAAAGGAUCAAGAACAUCAAAACAUCGAAACAUCGAACCAUCAAGAAAAUCAAAAACAUCAAAACAUCAAAAACAUCAAAAACAUCAAAAUAAUUAAAGAUGAAGAGAUGAAAGAUGAAAGAUGGAGGGGGAAGGGGAGAAGUGAAAUAAAAAUGAUGGCCAAAAAGUUUUCGUGUAUUUUUUUUGAGUGUAGGUAGUGUAUGAAAACGAAAUUCAAAAAAAUUAAAAGUUUUAAUUAAACUGUGAUAAUUUAUGGAACGAUUUCAUCAGCAU